AUGUCGCUAACCUCCUUCACCCGACUAAUUCGUUUCACUGCCAAGAAUGAACCAUCCAAGAUUCUGAUUGGUGAACCUGUAUCAGGCAGUGUGGACGUCGGCUUAGUGUUGAGGAAUGGCCAGGAUGUCUGGGCGUACCUCUUCACUGGAUCCUCCAUGCUAGAGCUUGGAAACAAGACAGGACAAAAGGUGCAGGUUGAUCGGUUGCUUUCCCCUCUUGCGCAGCAUGAGGUUGGCACCAUUCGGUGCAUUGGCUUGAAUUACAAACAGCAUGCUCGAGAGGUCAAUCUAACUAUACCGACCGUCCCAACCGUUUUCUUGAAGCCAGCCACGAGCCUCAAUGAUCCCUUCCCAUCACCAAUCCCUCUGCCGAAAAUAUCUCAGUCGACUGAUUCAGCCGACUACGAGUCAGAGCUAGCGGUAGUCAUUGGAAAGACUUGCCGCAAUGUAACUGAGUCUCAGGCCUAUGAUUAUGUCCUUGGUUAUACAGCCUGCAACGAUGUGUCAUCUAGAGCACCCCAGUUCCGAGACAGUCAGUGGUGUUUCUCCAAGGGAUUUGAUAGAUCAUGUCCUCUAGGCCCGACAUUGGUGUCUCGUGACGCGAUCCCUGAUCCAAGCAGGCUUAAGCUAAGAGGCAUCCGAAACGGACAGCUUGUGCAAGACUGUGGAAUAGAUGACCUGAUCUUCAACGCGCCUCAGAUUGUUAGCUAUCUAUCUCAAGACACUACUUUGCCAGCAGGAACGGUUAUCCUGACGGGAACACCUGCAGGCGUAGGAUAUGGACGGUCCCCACGACAGACUUAA